AUGAACAGCGUCUCAAACACCGCCGCCGCCGCCUCGCCGCCGGACACGAAAUCCGCCACUAUAUCCGAGAGCGACGGAGUUGGUGGACCCACAAUCAAAAUCAAUGUUUCUUACGGUACAUCUCUUCACCAGAUCCAUCUCCCAGCCCAAUCAACUUUCGGAGAUUUAAAAAAAUUGCUUGUUGAUAAAACUGGUUUGGAGUCUGAACAACAACGAAUUUUCUUCAGAGGAAUAGAAAAGGAUGAUGGGGAGAAAUUGCUCUUGGAAGGUGUGAAGGAUAAGUCAAAGCUUUUGCUUUUGGAGCGCGCUGCAAGCAAAGAGAAGAAGCUUGAGGAAACCCGAAAACAAAAUGAGAUGUCUAAAGCAAUUGAAGCUAUUACUGGGGUCAGAAUUGAGGUGGACAAGCUCUCUGAUAGGGUAGACGCCUUGGAAGUGGCUAUCAAUGCAGGGAACAAGGCUUCUGAGAAAGAAUUUCUCUUGUUGACAGAGUUGCUUAUGAAACAAUUACUGAAACUGGAUGGUAUUGAGGCUGAAGGCGAAGCAAAGACACAGAGAAAAGCAGAGGUGCGUCGUGUGCAGGGUCUCGUUGAUAAGUUGGAUUCUCUGAAGGCUAGAAACUCCAACCCUUCCGGCCAAAGUGGUAGUGCUGCCACAGGAACAACUCAUUGGGAGACCUUUGAUACUGGAACACAAGACUCGAAAGACCCAGCCUCAGCCACAACACCGUCUUCGACAAAAGUAUCUCAAGAUUGGGAGCGGUUUGAUUAG